CUCCCGAGGAUCGUCGAGCGUGGGUUCAGCCGUCGCUUCUGUGUCUUUCUCCCGCAAUCCCCACAAUUUUGACAGAUCUCUCUCACUCCUUCUUUAACUUCACAGUCUCGCAUCCCUUCUCUUCCCAAUCUACCGGACUUCCAGUUGAUUCAGAAGGAGGGACUCAUAUAGUCUUCGCUUCUACUGAUUCAGAUCAGACAUCGUCGGCGGCGUUCUCUCGUCAGAUUAGAGCAUCAUUGGAUUGGGUAGCAGCUGCCAAGAGGAGGAGAGGAGUGAUUUUAGUUUGUCAGAAAGGGAAGUACUGGAAUGGGGACUGCUCUCGCUAGCACAGCCCUGCCUCUUCGAGGCUCUCAUUUAUUCAGAUAUUCAUUCAGUCUCUUCAGAAACUUCAGCUCUGCUUCGUCUUCGGCUUCUUCCGCUUCUCAAAACCCUACCACCUCUAAGAAGUCCAAGAGAAGAAAGAAGAAGAACCUGUUCGAGGUCGCUCAGUUCUUGCCGAACUGGGGAAUCGGAUACCACAUGGCCAAGACUCACUGGACUGACGUCUCUUAUGAAAUCACCAAAAUCAAUCUCUACAAGGAUGGAAGGCAUGGCAAGGCAUGGGGAAUAGUUCAUAAAAAUGGCUUGCCUGCAGCAGACGCUGCAAAGAAAAUUAGUGGGGUUCACAAGCGCUGCUGGAGAUACAUUAAAAAUAUAGUAAAAUCAUCAGAAAGCUCACCGAGCUCAACUGGUUCAGCAGACAAUGGCCUCAAAGCUGAAACCCAAGCGAGUUAAUAUUUUCGUUUGAUGUUGCGUGGUUUAGAAUUGGUUUUUGUCUGAAAUAGACGUUCUUCAAGUGUAGAAGUUUUAUUUUUAAUUUAAAACAAUCAAAUUCAUCUCAUACAUUCAUGUAAGGUUCCCUGCAUCCCCCCCCCCCCCCAAAAAAAAAGAACUCUACAUCGUGACUGGGACAUGUUAUGACUUGUCAAAGAUUGAGUUCGGUUGAUAUAACAUUGUUCCAUGUUGGAUAUAACUGCAUCUGGGAAAAAGUUGAAGUAAGGUCAUUCAUCAAGGAUCUACAACCUCUGCCUGCAAGGUCUUUCUGAGAUCCAAGUCCGUACAGAUCACUUGAAAUCUGCCUAUAACUUUCUCGGAAGUGAAGCUAGGUCUCGUCCACUGUAACUACUAGCACAUACUGCAGCAAGGGAUGGAAGGUGUGGUUCAAUAAAAGCAAAACGAAGCGUCAAGUUUUUCUUAUUUUAUUAUUGAUGUUGUUCUGGAAAAGGAAAUAUUUUUCAGUUUCAGAUAGUGCAUACAGUCCGGGCACACACACACACGCAUAUACACAUGAUGGGCCAUUGCGGCUUGGAGAAAACUUGCUCUGGGCUAAUAGAGGAGUCACAAAGAUCAUGGUUUGCUUUAAAAUGAGGCGCUUUCAAAGGGUGACUUUCUCCAACAAUCCUCCAAACAUAUCAAGUCUGAUUUGGCUCUUUUUAGUUCUUAGUUAUGUAGUAAUAGUAGUUCUAAAUAAAAGAUUUAAAUUUAUUUUGUUUUUCAUA